AUGGAUCCCUCUGUCGCACAUCGCCCAUGGGAGGCAGUCUCAGGGCCUCAGUCUACUGCAGGCUCAACGCAAACCCUCCCUUCCAUCUCGACCCUCACCGCGAAUAUGCCUGGUACCGGAGCCUCUGCGGAGAAAUCCCCCGGGAACGGCUCACUGAACACGAUCGAGCGUGACUCGGGGAAUUGGUCAAUGCCGCAAAGCACAACUUCAUAUCCGCGUCGCAACCCUCCCCCGAAUCGCGGACACCCGGCUAUCGAUCGCUCUCCUUACCCCCACGAUCAAUCCACCACGCCUUCCUCCGCUGGCACCCAACAGCCCUCUCCAAACUUCAGCCAGCCAAACUCCACACUCCCCUCCAUCAACCAGAACUACGAAGCCCCCUCCCAACGAACGAGUGUGGCCGAGACGACUGAAUCCCGGCGCAGCAGUGUCGACAGUCGCAUGAACCAAGGAAUCAGUUCUCUCGCCAUCAACCCAGCCUCGCCCUACCACAGCACCAACGCGUCCCAAUCGUCGAUCGUCUCAAGUCUACAAAGGGAACGAGGCAUUCCGACCGACAUGAAUUCAUACCGGGGACCUCGGUACUCAGGAGGCAGCCAGCCACUUUCUCCGUUGGGCCCUCGCGCAACCGACCAACAGCGGAGUUUCGCAGCCGGUCGCACCGCUCCGGCCAUUUCCUCGAAUCCUCGGUCGGAGAUUUACAACGCCGAAGCACCCACGGCGGGUAUGGCAUAUGCCUUCCCCGACCCGGACAUGGCGCGCUCAAGCUCCGUCUCCUCGAAGGGAGAGUCCAAUCCUCCGUUCUCCCGAAAAGGAAGCAUGGCGGAGUCUAUGAACAGCAUGUACUCGGAACGGAUGCCACGAGGACAGCACGACUUACCCCAAAAUGUACACCACCACCACUCCCUCCAACACAAGGCCGUGCGAGAGUUGAUCGGCGAAGAAGACGGACCGCCCGGCAGCACCCCGUACAGCCGCACGCCCGAACUACGCGUAACGCACAAACUCGCCGAGCGCAAACGGCGCAGCGAAAUGAAAGACUGUUUCGAAGCGCUCCGACUGCGUCUACCACCAGGUCAAACCAACAAAUCCAGCAAAUGGGAAACGCUCACCCGGGCAAUUGAUUAUAUAGCGAUGUUGGAGAAAACCGUUGCACAAUCCCAGCGCGAUCGGGCCGUCAUGCAGUCCGAGAUGGAUGAGAUGCGCGCCCAACUCAACCAGCAAGCCAACGCUUCCCGGCCCCCAUCCAUCUUUGAGCACCACCAAAUGAGCUCCACCCAAGUCAAUGGCCAGGGCCCUGUGUUUGGUGGGUUCGGCAAUGGCGUGACUCAGGAGCAGCCGCGCACGUUACCGCCCCUUAUGAAUGGGUCUAGUGCAGCUAUGCAGGGUAUUGAAUAUGAGCGGCGGUAG